AUUGCGGGCCCGGCGCUGGGGGCUCCGGGAAUGGCGGGGGAGGCGCGCGGGAGUGGCCGCGGGGAGCUUCGGCUUCAAGGCCCUGGGCGUCCGCGCGCGGAUGCGGGUCUGGGGCGGGUUGGGGCUGGGCCGGGUCGUGAAGAUGCCGUGGGCCGCGGAGCUGCGCGGAUUCUGGGUUGUGGGGCGGGCACGGCCUUUCCGGAGGCGCCGUUCCUGGGCGUCCUUUCAGGCGGGCGUGGAGGCGCCAGCCUCGGGCGCGUUUAGCCUCGGGCGCGUUUAGCCUCGACCGCGGGCCAGCCCGCUUGCCGCGCCGUGGCCCUAAGGAGCGGCUGCCCUGCUGGACCGCAUCCACCAGCAGCCUGGCUCUGCCGCUAUCGAAGGAGGCUUUUAAAGCGCUGGGGUUACAGAAAUAAGGUUAUUGACCUGGAAAGAUGUUCUUCACAUAAUGGGAAAAAAACAAAAACAGCUUUUAAAUAUGACCAUAUGCUUCCAUUGUAUGAAAAAUAUCACAAUAGUUUCCAUCAUCCUAAGAAUGGUUACCUGUGUCCACAGAUCCUGGUCCCUACAAAUAAGCCUGCUCAUGUGAGAUAAGAAAGGAGUUCCUGGAACCAGGAAUUCAUUCUCAGUGUAGAAGACCUAGCUGAGACCUCACUCCACAGUUUUGGGGCAGAAGUAGAAGAGACGCACAGUAGAACCGAUCUCAGCCUUGCUGAUCAUCUCGUACAGCAGCAGAAAAUGACCAUGUUACAGUGUUAACUGCUUCAGAUUUACCAGGAUUGUGCUCUUACAGGAGUCAUUCUCAUUUGACGAUUUAUCUGUGGACUUCACCCAAAAGGAGUGGCAGCUACUGGAUCCCUCUCAGAAGAAUUUAUACAAGGAUGUGAUGUUGGAGAACUAUAGCAGCCUAGUGUCACUGGGAUAUGAAGUUAUGAAACCAGAUGUCAUCUUCAAAUUGGAGCAAGGAGAAGAGCCGUGGGUAGGAGAUGGAGAAAUUCCAAGUUCAGAUUCUCCAGAAGUCUGGAAAGUAGAUGGUAACAUGAUGUGGCACCAGGAUAACCAAGACAAGCUUAAAAUUAUAAAAAGAGGUCAUGAAUGUGAUGCAUUUGGAAAAAAUUUCAAUCUGAACAUGAACUUUGUUCCUUUAAGGAAAUCAAACAGUGAAGGUGACUUAGAUGGAUUGAUUUUAAAACAUCAUUUAGAUUUGCUUAUUCCAAAAGGAGAUUAUGGAAAAGCAGAAUCAGAUGACUUUAAUGUGUUUGAUAAUUUUUUUCUCCAUUCCAAGCCUGAGGAUACUGAUACCUGGUUAAAAUACUAUGACUGUGAUAAAUAUAAAGAGAGCUAUAAAAAGUCACAGAUUAUCAUAUAUCAUAGAAAUCGUUUAGGGGAGAAACUCUAUGAAUGCAGUGAAUGUAGGAAGCGCUUCAGUAAGAAACCAAGUCUCAUUAAACAUCAGAGCAGACAUAUAAGAGACAUAGCCUUUGGCUGUGGUAAUUGUGGCAAAACCUUUCCCCAGAAGUCUCAGUUUAUUACACAUCACAGAACUCAUACAGGAGAAAAACCUUAUAAUUGUAGCCAGUGUGGGAAAGCCUUCUCCCAAAAGUCACAGCUCACAUCCCAUCAGCGGACACAUACAGGAGAGAAACCAUAUGAGUGUGGCGAAUGUGGGAAAGCCUUCUCCCGGAAGUCACAUCUCAUAUCGCAUUGGAGAACACACACAGGAGAGAAACCCUAUGGAUGCAAUGAAUGUGGGAGGGCCUUUAGUGAAAAGUCCAAUCUCAUUAACCAUCAGAGAAUUCAUACUGGUGAGAAGCCUUUUGAAUGCAGGGAAUGUGGGAAAGCCUUCAGCAGGAAGUCACAACUCGUUACACAUCACAGAACUCACACAGGAACAAAACCCUUUGGAUGUAGUGAUUGUAGAAAAGCCUUCUUUGAGAAGUCAGAGCUUAUUAGACAUCAGACAAUUCAUACUGGAGAGAAACCCUAUGAAUGCAGCGAGUGUAGGAAAGCAUUUAGAGAGAGGUCAAGUCUCAUUAAUCAUCAGAGAACACAUACAGGAGAGAAACCUCAUGGAUGCAUUCAGUGUGGGAAGGCCUUCUCCCAGAAGUCACAUCUCAUAUCACAUCAGAUGACACACACAGGAGAAAAACCCUUUAUAUGCAGUAAAUGUGGGAAAGCCUUCAGCAGGAAAUCACAGCUCGUUAGACAUCAGAGAACUCAUACGGGAGAAAAACCGUAUGAAUGCAGUGAGUGUGGGAAAGCUUUCAGUGAAAAAUUAAGUCUCACUAAUCAUCAAAGAAUUCAUACAGGAGAAAAACCAUAUGUAUGCAGUGAAUGUGGGAAAGCCUUUUGUCAGAAGUCACAUCUCAUAUCACAUCAGAGGACACAUACAGGGGAGAAACCCUAUGAAUGCAGUGAAUGUGGGAAGGCCUUUGGUGAGAAGUCAAGUCUUGCAACUCAUCAGAGAACUCAUACUGGAGAAAAACCGUAUGAAUGCAGGGACUGUGAAAAAGCUUUCUCCCAGAAAUCACAGCUAAAUACCCAUCAGAGAAUUCACACUGGAGAGAAACCCUAUGAAUGCAGUCUUUGUAGGAAAGCUUUUUUUGAGAAGUCAGAGCUAAUUAGACAUCUGAGAACUCAUACAGGAGAAAAACCUUAUGAAUGCAAUGAAUGUAGAAAAGCCUUCAGGGAGAAGUCAAGUCUCAUCAAUCAUCAGAGAAUACAUACAGGAGAGAAGCCUUUUGAAUGCAGUGAGUGUGGCAAAGCUUUCUCUCGGAAGUCACACCUUAUACCACAUCAAAGGACACAUACAGGUGAGAAACCCUAUGGAUGCAGUGAAUGUAGGAAGGCCUUCUCUCAGAAGUCACAGCUGGUUAAUCAUCAGAGAAUUCAUACAGGAGAGAAGCCUUAUCGAUGCAUUGAAUGUGGGAAAGCUUUCUCACAGAAGUCACAGCUCAUCAAUCAUCAGAGAACUCAUACAGUAAAAAAAUCCUAGGAAUACAGUUAAUAGUAGUCUUUGACAGAUCAUCUUGGACUUCAGGAAAUGCAAUUAUGAUAACGUUUGUAGACAGUCACGUCGUGUUAGGUGUCUGUACUCCAUGAGGAUGAGAACUCUAAAUGAGGUGGUGUAUGGAAAGCCGAUCAUAAUUCAUAGAGUAGAGUGAACCCAUGACUGCAGUGGAUCUCAAAAACUUUUAAAACCGUAGACAAGCCUUAUAGAGUAGAACAUUCACAGCAAAGAAGAAUCCUGUGAAUGUCCAAAAGCCUUCCAGAAAUCAAGUCUCUUAAGCUAUUAGAAAUAUUCCCACUGGGGAUGAGGGAAAACCCCAUGAAUGUGGGAAAUGAGGCAAUAUUUUUAAGAAAUGACAGUUCAUUGUACAUAAGAAAAUGCUCUUAGGAAUGAAGUUCUAUGAAAGUACUAAAUAUGGGACAGUGCAACAAGUAACCAGACUAUUUUGUAUUUUGGAGAAUUCAUACUAUGGAGAACCUAACAAUUUAAAGACACUGGGAACACUUGCCCCUCAGUAUAGUACUGUCAAGGGAAGCCAUACACUUUUUGUAGACAUGGGUACCAAAAAUACCCAAUUCUAAGUGGUUGACAGAUGUUCACUUUGAAGUGUGAAGUUUUAAAAAUAUGUGAAUAAAUUGGUUAUUGAAACAUCUAA